AACAGCAAGCGACGAGUUCCGAUUUUCAAAUCACUUUGAAUGAUUUUCUUGAAUUUUUAAAACUUUCAUGUCACGUUAACGAGAUGAUUGCAAAAGCUGAUAUUAAACCACAUCAACGGGAGCCUGUGCCGCCCGCAGAGAGCGCUGCUGGCGUCGCUGCCAAGCGAAAUGCCAAAAAGGAUGAAUUCGAUUUUAAUACGUUGGCUGAAAAUCGUUUAGUUAAUGAAUUGUUGGCAUUGAAGCGUCCGCAUCGACACACGGCAGCGGCAGGUGGCGGGGGCGGGGGAGGCAGUCGAGAGAACAGCAGUCGCAGCAGUCUGCUGCUAACGGAACAUAAAUCCACAAUGCGUUCCACACAUGUGCACACUGCACGUGGAUUGCAUCCGAAGUUAAAUGAGCAAUUGGAUUAUGUCAUCAAUGAGGGCGUUUUGGAUUCUGUUUUGUCAUUUAUAUGUCCGCUGCCGUUGCCCGUGGCCUUUACCAACACUGGACGCGUCAAGCUGGCCAAGCAACAGCAACAACAACCGUCGUCAAAGGCACAGGAGGUGCUUGCAGUGCCCAGUUCCAGUUCUAGUUCCAGUUCCACAGCUGUUGUGGCUGCCAAGUCCAACACUGAGAUGGGUUCAUCCAGCUCCAAUAGCGUCAGCUCUCCCAGAGAGCAGCAGCUGGUCAAGGAUGAGUCCAAUGGCAUGGUGCGUGCCUUGGUCAAGGAGCCGAGUGCCAAGGGAUCAACGAAUCCCACUGCACGACGCAAAUCCUUGAUGCUGGCCAAGGACAGCAAACAUGCACGACAGGAGAAAAAGGAACCCGAGGUCGUCAUACACGUCUGCGAUGAGGUGAAGAACACGUCCCGUGACUUUAGCUGUCCGCAGAGUCUGCUGAUCAGCAAGAUGGGUUAUUUUGCGGAUGUGACAGCUGGCCAGAGACUGGAGGAAAUGGAUAUAUCGGUGCACUGUGACAUACAGAUCUUUGACUGGCUGAUGAAGUGGAUCAAGCACAGUGCAACAAGUCACGAAUUGCAGGCGCCGGGACAGAGCAACUUUGCGACUGGUCCACAACUGGAUGGCAACAAUGUGGUGCCCAUUUUGGUCUCGGCCAGCUUUCUGCAAAUGGAACCAUUGCUUCUGGAGUGUCUGUCCUUUUGCCACGCCCAUUUGAGUGAAGUGGUGCGCACUUCCACGAAUCUAUCGUGUUUAAAUGAUGCUCUGGUCAGUCGUCUGGCUGCGAUGUUCACCAAUCUGGAGCUGGAGAUGGUGCGGGAUAAGAAGGAGCGUGUAACGCCACGUUUGUGGACCAAGCUAAUACAGAGUCUAUGUGAACCGGAUGCGGAAGUGUUGCGUGGACAUUUCUACAGCAUUUCCGGACUCUUUCGUUGCGUGCGUUGUUGUCGCUGUGUGACCAACACCAUGAAAUCCUAUGUGAAUUGUAUACCCAGCAAUAUCCGACUCAAUCGUUGGGGACAGCUGAUUAGCUCGCAUGUGAGGGACACCAAUUGGGAUCUCAAUGUCUAUGUGUUGCAGCUGUUCAAGGAGUUGAAGUCCUGGCGCAAGGUCUACUGGAAACUCUGGGGACAUUGUCACUAUCUUUAUUGCUGCUCGUGUGAGGCGCAUUUUCCGGUUUAUCAAAUGAACUGGUGUCGUUAUCAUCCAGAGCCGCCCAACUUUCUGGGACCCGAGGUGGAGGGACGCAUGGCCGGACCCGCUGGACGCUAUGCCUGUUGCAAUCAGCAGGCUUUUCGCUAUGAAACGUUGCCGGGACCAAAUGGCUGUCAGUUCCGUGAGCACAGCGUGCUGGUGGACACAGAUCGGGAGCGUGCUAUACUCACCAUUGCCCAGCUGGUGGGCGAGAAUUAUGCGCUCUGUGAGCAGCCGCCUUUGCAUAUGCAGGAAUUGGCAGCUGCCGGUGAGAUCAGUCCGAAUUGGUUGGGCAUCUCAUUGACGCCGCAACGUUGUCGCCAGGGAUUGCUUCCUCAGCUCUGCAUGGACAUGACCAAUCAUCGGGUUAGUCGACGUUGUCGCUAUGAAGUUGACACCAGCACCGAGUCGGAGACGACUUCGACCAGCUCGGAGGAUGCACGUAGUCUGCGUCCACGCAUACGCAAUACACUGAUGGAUGACGAGUUCACCUCCAGCAGCGAUGGCUGUGAAUCCGAUCAUCGUCCGCCGCCUCGAAAGACGCGUGGAAAGAAGAAGCGCAAGCGACCCACUGCUGUCUCGGGUCGCUUCUGGUCCGGUGAGCUGUCGGCGCGCAGCAAUCAGGAUCAUCAGCGUGACUUUGAGGAGAAGAUUAUGAAACAGGUGACCAGCUAUGUGACGAAGAAAACGGGCUCCGAUCAGAAUCUGGUGAGCAAUGCGCAACCCUUGGGUGGCACCUAUGUGCGUCUCGAGUCCGAGUGGAAGGAGAUGUUGAAGCAACGUCACAGCAAUCACAACAUGCAAACUGGGAACGCCAACAAUCUUGGAGGUGGCAACAGUUGCGCUGCUCUUGGCAGCAACAGCAGCAGCAAUCAGAAUCUGUACAACGCUGGAGGCGCCACAGUUGGUGGCAUGGCAUGUGGUUCAGGUGCCUCACUGUUGUCCAAGCAGAAACACAAGUAGACAAUGGAAGAAAUACUUAGAGCAAUUGUAGUACACAAUAAUUAGAGAAUUAGUAUGAAAGUAUAUCACAACACUGUGCAACAAAACACACGACAAAGAGUCGACAACAAAAUUGUUCAAAUAUGUAGAAUACUUUAAAUCUAUAUAGCUAUCCAAAGUUUUAGUCUAAUUAUAACUCGUAAAUGUCCUUUAAA